AUGUCUUCUUUGAACUUUCAACAACAUAGCAAGAUAGCCAUUUGUGAUGAAGAAAGCAGGUUGAACUUCAAAACCCACAAGCAGAGAUGGAGGUUGGCUUACAUGGCGAUAUACUUCAUCAGGGUUCUUGUUUCUUUGUACAAGAAAGAUUUUAACAAGAAUGGCCCUCUCUUGGGCACUCUCUCUUACGUUGCCAUUGAAGUGCAGCCGCCUAUCCAUGAGGACUCUCCAAAUGCCAAACCUGUUCAGUUUCUAAAUGUUGCUCGGCAAAAGCUUGAUGACAUGGUAGGGGAUAAAAAUUCUGAGCUUUUAAAGCAGUUUGGAGGGGUAAAAGAACUUGUUUUACUUCUUGAAACUGAUGUAAAAGAUGGUAUAAAAGGUGACGAAGCUGAUCUUAUUCUUAGGCAGAACGUUUUUACUACCAAUAGAUACCAAAAGCUACCUCCAAAAGGCUUUCCUAGCUUUGUGUUAUUUGAAGUUUUUGAAGAUAUAACUAUUUGUAUACUUUUGGUAUGUGCUAUACUCUCUCUCGUUUUUGGUAUCAAACAAAAUGGAUUCAAAGAUGGGUGGUAUGGUGGUGGCAGUAUCGUUGUUGAUAUUGUUUUAGUUGUUCUUGUGUCUGCAGUGAGUAAAUUUGAGCAAUCAAGACAGUUUGAGAAGCACUCAACAAAGAGUAGCGAUAUCAGAGUGGAAGUUGUGAGAGAUGAGAGGCGCCAGCCUACGUCAAUCUUUGAGGUUGUUGUGGGUGAUAUUGUGUGCUUGAAGAUUGGUGAUCAGAUUCCUGCAGAUGGGUUAUUUUUAGAAGGGUAUUCCUUGAAGGUGGAUGAGUCUAGCAUCACAGGUGAAAGCCAUCACAUUCAGAUUGAUGAAAGGAAUCCCUUUUUGUUAUCAGGCACAAAGGUGAUGGAUGGAUUUGGUUUCAUGGUUGUGACUUCUGUGGGGAUGAACACUGCAUGGGGUAAGAUGAUGAGUUCAACAAGUUCUGACUUUAAUGAGGAGAUGCAACUGCAAGCACGCCUCAGCAAAAUAACAUCUCAUGUUGGGAAGGUUGGGUUGGCGGUGGCUGCGCUUGUUUUCGCUGUUUUGCUGAUUCAAUACUUCAAAGGGAACACUCCAAAUGAUGGAGUGAAUAAGGAUAAUGGCAGAAAGACUAAGUUUGUUGACGUAAUGAAUUCAAUGGUGGGAAUUGUCGCUGCUGCUGUCACUAUCAGCAUGGUGGCUAUUCCGGAGGGCUCACCUGUGGCUGUUACUCUGGCUUAUUCUAUGAAGUGCUUGAUGGCUAAUAAUGUAUUAGUCAGAAAACUAUCCGCUUGCCAGACAUUGGGCUCAGUCACAACAGUCUGCACAAACAAGACAGGCAUCCUUACACUAAACGAAAUGAGAGUAACAGAGUUUUGGCUUGGAAAGGAAGCAGUGAAGGAUGACACUUAUUUGGAUAUAUCGGGUGAUAUUAUUAAACUACUGCAACAAGCUGUUGGUUUAAACACAGCUGGUACAGUUCACAAACCACAUUCUACAUCACUUCCUGAGAUUUUUGGUUGCCCAACUGAGAAAGCAAUACUUUCUUGGGCCGUGUUUGAUUUGGGUAUGAAUAUUGAAGAAGUAAAGCAGAACAAUAAGAUAAUCCAUGUAGAGGCUUUCAAAUCAGAGAAAAUGAGAAGUGGAGUUUUGGUGGAGAAGAACAAUGGGAAGAAGAUUCACACUCAUUGGAAGGGAGCUGCAGAAAUGAUAUUGGCCAUGUGUUCAACUUAUUAUGACAGAACAGGGGUGCUGAAUGUAAUAGAUGAGGAAAAAGCACUGCAACUUGGGACAGUUAUUAAGAAUAUGGGAGAAAAAUGCCUGCAAUGCAUUGCCUUUGCCCACAAAGAAGUCGUAGAAGAAAGUGGACAGGUUAUUGAGAAAUUAGAAGAAAAUGGACUAACAUUAUUAGGGUUAGUUGGCUUGAAAAAUCCAUGUCGGCCAGGAAUCAGAACAGCUGUGGAAUCUUGCACAGCUGCUGGAGUGAAUAUCAAAAUAAUCACUGGUGACAGUGUGCAUACUUCAAGGGCUAUAGCUUUUGGAUGUGGGAUUCUCAAUCCUGAAGAGGAUUUGGACAGUGAAGCUGUAGUAGGAGGAGUACAAUUCAGAGAUUACUCACUUGAAGAGAGAAAUGAGAAGAUCGAUAAAAUCCGUGUAAUGGCCAGGUCAUCCCCUUCUGACAAGCUUCUGAUGGUACAGUGCUUGAAGGAGAAAGGACAUGUGGUUGCAGUUACAGGUGAUGGGACCAAUGAUGCACCUGCUCUAAAGGAAGCAGACAUUGGACUUUCCAUGGGGAUCCAAGGAACAGAAGUGGCAAAAGAGAGCUCAGAUAUAGUCAUCUUAGAUGACAAUUUUAUCUCUGUGGUGACACUGUUGAGGUGGGGAAGGUGUAUAUAUAGCAACAUUCAAAAGUUCAUUCAGUUUCAGCUCACAUUAAGCAUCACUGCCCUUGUCAUCAACUUUGUUGCAGCUGUUUCUUCUGAUAAGGUCCCAUUGGCUGCAGUACACACAUUGGGAGCUUUAGCAUUGGUCACUGAGAAACCAAUUGAAGAUCUCAUGAAACAGCCACCUGUUGGUCAAUUAGAACCUCUUAUAACCAAUAUCAUGUGGAGGAAUCUGAUUGCUCAGGCCUUGUAUCAGGUAACAAUCUUAUUGGUUCUACAAUUUAAGGGAGGAUUCAUCUUUGGUUUGGAUGAGAAAGUUAAGAGCACCCUCAUUUUCAAUACUUUUGUCCUCUGCCAAGUAUUCAAUGAAUUUAAUGCAAGGAAACUGGAGGAGAAGAAUAUAUUUGAAGGGUUACUUAAAAACAAACUGUUUUUAGCAACCAUUGGGCUAACCAUAGUUCAUCAACUGGUGAUGGUGGAGUUUCUGAAGAGGUUUGCCAAUACUGAGAGAUUGGAUUGGGGGCAAUGGGGUGCUUGCAUUGUACUUGCAGCAUUUUCAUGGCCAAUUUGUUGGCUCGUUAAGUGUAUUCCAGUUUCAGCCAAGCAGUUGGCAAACCAAAGAGAUUGUGCAUCGUGA